UUUCAAAAGUACCGGUUUGGUACUGGUAUCGGAUAAAACCUAAAUGAUACCCAUCCCUACUUAUCACAGGGUGUCACAUGUGUGUUCAUACGUGUGGCCACGCCCCUGCUGUUGCAGUGAUUAGUCAGCUGACUGCAAGAGCAAAACUUUAUGCGUGUGUGUGUGUUUGUUUUGCGCUCUCUCUCUUGCUCUUUCUCUCUGCGUAUGCAACCGGUGUCUCUCGCCCUAAGGCCUAGAAUAGCUGCACUGCUGUUUUUGUCCAAUCACGUGCUGCGGACCGGGAGAAUGAGCUCGUUGUUGUUGGUCAGAAUGAGGCGUCAGAGGAUCUUUGGCGUGAUAUGGAGGAAACGGGCAGAGUGAGCACUCUGUCCUUUUAACUCUUUUUCCAUCAGUUUUCUUCUUCCUGUUUGCAGCAUUUUGUCCUCUUCCUCUCUUCCCUGUGAUUUUACUGAACUUCGAUUCUUCAUAUUUUUCCUGCUCCGUGGAGCUCAUCCUGCACGUUUUCAGCGUGUUGGAGUUUCUCUCGUGGUCGGUCAUCUUGAAGUUGGAUCUUUAUUGUUCAUGUUUUUUGUUCUCGUUAUUGUCCCGUCCUUCGUCUCCAAACACACCCUCACUUCCUACUUCCUGUUUCCCAUUUCCUGGUUUGUGUCGAUGAGUGAAGACGGUCAGAGUGAGUUUGGUUUCCAUCAUGUCUCUGUUUGAACGCUGCCGACUCAUCGUGGAAGUGCUGAAGCAGCUUCAGGGCACCAUAGAAGAAGAGUCUGGGGAGGCUUGUGGCUCUCAGCUGGAGCUCAUUGGACGGUUAAAAGAGCUGAGUCUUGAUUCGGCCGGCUUUAAGUCCCGAUCCCGCCCUCUCCUAGCCCCCGGCUCCACCUCCUCAUCCUCUGGAGCUCCUGUAGGAGCAGUGGGAGGCUCCGGAGCUCCAGGCCCCUCAACAAGUGCUGCCUUUCCCAGGAGAGGGCUGCCAUCUGCGGGCAGAGACGGCCACGACCGCUGCCUGGAGGAGCUGGAGAAAGAGAGGUCUCUCCUAUUGGCGGAGCUGGAUAAGGAGGAGAAGGAGAAGGACUGGUACUACGCUCAGCUGCAGGAUCUCACCAAGAGGAUCGACAGUCUGCCGCUCACUGGGAAUUUCUCUCUACAGACAGACUUAAAUCGCCGUCAGCUUGAGUAUGAUGCCCAUCAGCUGCGAACAGCGAUGGAGAAGCAGCUGGGCUCCUGUAAGGAGAUGGAGAGGAGAGCUCAGACUCGCGUGGCUCGGAUACAGCAGAUAGAGAAAGACAUCCUGCGGCUCGGGGCCCGGCUGCAGGUAACCUCACCUGUUGAAGGUGCUCAGGGGGCGAGCGAAAGCAGCGGAUUGGCUGGGGCGCAGAGCGCAGGCACUCGUUUGGAUACCGAGCCAGCCAAUGAGACGAGCUAUUCUGUGCCUCGGCGAAUCACCAGCCAUCUGGGAACCAAAGUGGAGAUGGUGUACAGCCUGCUGUCCAUGCUGGGGACACACGAUAAGGACGACAUGUCACGGACGCUGCUCGCCAUGUCAAGCUCACAGGACUCGUGCAUUGCUAUGCGUCAGUCUGGCUGUCUGCCGCUGCUCAUUCAGCUGCUGCAUGGCAACGACAAGGACUCCUUGUUGCUAGGUAACUCCCGUGGCAGUAAGGAGGCGCGCGCACGGGCGUCAGCGGCGCUCCACAACAUUGUGCACAGUCAGCCGGACGAUAAGAGAGGGCGGCGAGAGAUCAGAGUGCUCCACCUGUUGGAGCAGGUGCGCCAUUACUGCGAGGCAUGCUGGACCUGGCAGGAGAAUCAUGAGAGGGGUGUCGACCAGGAGGACAACCCCAUGCCGUCCCCUGUGGAGCAUCAGAUUUGUCCAGCCGUCUGUGUCCUCAUGAAGCUGUCCUUUGACGAAGAGCAUCGGCACGCCAUGAACGAGCUCGGUGGGUUUCUCUGGGUUUGCCUCCCUGUUUCCCGCUCCGUCUCAUUUCCUGAACCGUCUUUCCUGCUCCUUGCUUCCUGUUUCCUGUUGCUCACACUGGGGUGUUCUGUCCCUGCAGGCGGUCUGCAGGCGGUGGCGGAGCUGCUACAGGUGGACUGCGAGAUGUUCGGUCUGAGCAGCGAUCACUACAGCAUCACUCUGCGGCGAUACGCUGGCAUGGCACUCACCAAUCUCACCUUUGGAGAUGUAGCCAAUAAGGCCACUUUGUGCUCUAUGAAGGGCUGCAUGCGAGCAAUGGUCGCUCAGCUCAAGUCUGAGAGUGAAGACCUGCAGCAGGUGAUAGCUAGCGUGCUGAGGAACCUGUCCUGGCGUGCUGAUGUUAACAGUAAGAAGACGCUACGUGAGGUCGGCAGUGUCCGAGCGCUGAUGGGCUGCGCUCUCGAGGUGCAGAAGGAGUCGACGCUGAAGUCUGUACUGAGUGCGCUCUGGAACCUGUCGGCUCACUGCACAGAGAAUAAGGCUGAUAUCUGCGCUGUGGACGGUGCUCUGGCGUUUUUGGUGGGGACACUGACGCAUCGCAGCCACACCAACACACUCGCCAUAAUUGAAAGUGGUGGUGGCAUCCUGCGAAACGUCUCAAGCCUUAUCGCCACCAACGAGGCGCACAGGCAGAUCCUACGGGAACAUGGCUGCCUGCCAACGCUGCUGCAGCACCUGAAGUCUCACAGCCUGACCAUUGUGUCCAACGCCUGUGGCACGCUCUGGAACCUCUCUGCCCGCGACACCAAAGACCAGGAGGCCCUCUGGGAGCUGGGCGCCGUGGGCAUGCUGCGCAACCUCAUCCAUUCACGCCAUAAAAUGAUCGCCAUGGGCAGUGCCGCUGCGCUGCGUAACCUGAUGGCCAACCGCCCAGCACGCUACAAGGAUGCCAGCGUGGUGUCUCCUGGUGCAGGCGCCCCAUCACUACAGGCCCGUAAACAGAAAGCUUUAUUCGAGGAGCUGGAUGCACAACAGCUGUCGGAGACCUUCGACAACAUCGACAACCUGAGCCCCAAGGCGGCGCACAGGAAGGGGCGGGGCUGUAAUGGUGCCACAGGAGGAGCAGGCAGCGUCACGCGCUCAUAUACCAACACGCCGGUGCUAUCGAGCCCAAAGAAUGGAGACGGAUCAAAGAGGGCAAGCGAGGAAGCAGCAUACACUCGCUCAGUGUUCCCGCCCAGCGUGCGGGCGUCCAGCGACAGCCUUAACAGUGUGACGAGCGCUGAUGGUUACGGCAACCGUGGGAAGACCAAACCGUCCUCUGAACCCUUCUACUCGUCAGACGAGAGCAGCGCUAACAAGUGUUGUGUCUACAGGAAGUACCCAGCUGAUCUGGCCCAUAAGAUACGCAGCGCCAACCACAUGGCGGACGAUGACGGCGGAGAGCUGGACACGCCCAUAAACUAUAGCCUCAAGUACUCUGACGAACAGCUGAACUCUGGGCGCCAGAGCCCUAAUCAUCGCGGCGCCAUUGAGAGCGAUGAUGACAGUGAGCAGGACGCCAGACUGAGGAGGAACGACGGCAGUGAUUCAGCAGCCGGUAGCGGGCACAUGGCAGCAGUUUCGCCUCCACGCUAUGUCGUUGUCACAGCAACAUCGAAUUAUGGUACAGAGUCUACGACCGAGCAGCCAAUCGACUACAGCUUAAAGUACGGCACUGAUGCCACACGUAAAAAGCUCUUCAAACCAGAGGAGACCGCCUCCUCCUCUAUUCCACCACCCCCAUCAAACUCUGCCAGCAAGCUCCGCCCACCACCUCCUCCCAGCACCCGGGGGGCGCCAAAAAGCAACCAGGAGUCGACACAGACAUACUGCGUAGAGGACACACCCAUCUGCUUCUCCAGAGGCAGUUCGCUAUCCUCGCUGUCCUCUGAAGAGGAGGAAGACGGUGAUGUCAUAACAAGAAAGAGGAAAGGGGGGAGCGGCGGCGGUAUCGACUACCCGACACUCCCUGUCAGUGAGAAGGACGCACAUGAGCAGCAGCAGCGAAAAGAGGCUGAGAGCCAGACCACUGCUGCACCAUCCACACGGGGGCGCCGUAGCCACCACCACCACCAUAGCCAUCAUCAUCACCACCAUCACCAUGUGAGUUCAUCAGGCGCAAGGACUCCUAAGAGCCCGCCGGAGCAGCCGUACGCUCAGGAGACACCGCUGAUGUUCAGCCGCUGCACGUCCGUCAGCUCGCUCGAGAGCUUUUCCACCUCCUCCAUUGCCAGCUCCGUGCGUUCCAGCGAGCCCUCCAGCGGCAUGCCGAGCGGCGUGGUGAGCCCCAGUGACCUGCCCGACAGCCCAGGUCAGACCAUGCCACCAAGCCGUGCCAAGACACCACCACCGCCGCAGAAGACGAAGGAGGAGGAAAAGGCCAAGAAGAAGGAUGAGGAGGAAAGCAGUGCCGACGUACUGCUGCACUUUGCCACCGAGAGCACGCCGCAUGGCUUCUCCCGUGCCUCCAGUCUGAGCGCACUCAGUCUGGAUGAGCCCUACAUUCCCGCGGAGAUGAAAAAGAAGAAAGAGGAGGAUGAGGGUGGGGUUGAGGAGAGGAAGGAAGAGCCUCCUAAACCCAUCCUUGAUGAAUCAGAUGAUGACGAUGACAUUGAGAUCCUGGAGGCAUGUAUCAACAUGGCCAUGCCCAAAUCAUCACGGAAACCAAAGAAGCAGCAGCAAGCAGCACCACGGAAACCAAGCCAGCUUCCUGUCUACAAAAUCCUCUCACCUCAAAGCCGUGCCCAACCGCAGCCCAGGAAGGACAUGCCGCCGCCGGAGGAGGUGCCCAGAGUUUACUGUGUGGAGGGAACGCCGCUCAACUUCUCCACUGCCACGUCUCUUAGUGAUCUGACCAUUGACUCCCCACCCAAUGAGCAGAUGGGAGCGGGCCUCGUACCUGUAGCCCAACCCACCUCUGCCCCUAGGAGAAGGGCAGGGUUUCCUGAGGGCGAGAACGGAGAUGACAUUCUUGCCGAGUGCAUUAGUGCUGCCAUGCCCAAAGCCAAACCCAGGAAGCCUGUCAGAGCAGCGGCAAACAGCGAGCACUUGCAAACCCCGCCUUUACCGCCUCCUCUCCCUCCAACGGCCCCGUCUCCCCUUGGCCCGCAGCAGCAGAAGAAGAAGCCAACAUCGCCUGUGAAGCCGAUGCCUCAGCGGGCGCUGUAUGGCGUCACCACAACAGCAGCUGCAAAAGCAAAGCCGGGAUUCGCAUUUGACUCGCCGCGCCACUACACGCCGAUUGAAGGAACGCCAUGCUGCUUCUCACGCAAUGACUCACUGAGCUCGCUGGACUUUGAUGAAGAGGAUGGCGGCGAGAAGGACGAAGAAGAAAAGAAGGCAAAAGAAGAAGAAGGCAGGAAGAAGAAGCAGCAGACAGCUGCCGUUUUUCCACGCACAAAACCACCGACCAAUCAGACGGCCACGGACGAGAAGCAGAAGUUCGCUAUUGAGGACACGCCCGUAUGCUUCUCCAGGAACUCCUCGCUGAGCUCACUGAGCGACAUCGACCAGGAGAACAACAACAAGGAGUUUGCCCCACCCCCGCCGGAGCAGCAAGACAAAGGCAAAGAGGGGGCAAAGUCUCCACCCCCUCCAGCAGAGGUGGAGUCAAAGCCUCGCCCCCCUGCGGCCACUGGCUAUGCACCUAAAGCCUUUCAUGUUGAGGACACGCCCGUGUGCUUCUCCAGGAACUCCUCGCUGAGCUCACUGAGCAUAGACUCGGAGGACGACUUGCUGCAGGAGUGCAUCAGUUCCGCCAUGCCCAAGAAGAAAAAGAAAACCACCACCCUCCCUGUACCCGCCCCGCCUCUAUCUGUCUCCAAAGCUGAAGAUGGCAUUCUGCCUGAGGAGGAGCCUUCAGAUGCACCAAGGAGCCCUGCCUCUCCAGAUUCAGAGUCCUUUGAUUGGAAGGCCAUCCAAGAAGGUGCCAACUCCAUCGUCAGCAGCUUGAAUGCCGCUGCCGCUGCUUCCUCACUCUCCCGCCAGCCAUCAUCAGACUCUGACUCGGUCCUGUCGUUGAAAUCUGUCGGCUCGCCCUUCCACCUUACAACAGCUAAUAACAACGAAGAGGAGGAGGAACCAGAGGAGAAGACAAAGCGAGGCGCGACGAUCCUGAAGCCUGGUGAGCGCAGCACGCUGGAGGCCAAGAAGAAGAGAGAGGAGGAGGAGGAAGAGGAGGAAGCAAAGGCUUUGAGGGGCGGGAAGAAGGUGUACAGGAGUCUGAUCACUGGAAAGCCAAGAGCGGAGCCGGCAGCCAGGGGGCGGAGCAAGCCCCGAGCAGCUGCUGUGGCCAAAGCUCCUGGAGGCAGCGAUGUAGAUCGAGUGGGCGGGUCCUCUCGGGACUCCACCCCAUCUCGCUCCACCCCAGCACCCAGUCAGAAAGGAGGGAAGCUCUCGCAGCUGCCACGCACGGCUUCUCCAGGAAGUGCAUCAUCAUCCUCUGCAUCCAGGACCACUAAACCCACCACAACCCCGAAGAGUGGUGGUGGCAUCCCGAGAAGCGAGUCCACAUCGAGAGUCAGUGGCUCCACUGCCGCCAAGAAGCAAAAGGCGGAGCCUGAGAAGCCGGCACUCGUAAGGCAGUCAACCUUUAUCAAAGAAGCUCCGAGCCCGACACUGAAGAGGAAGCUGGAGGAGACUGCAGUGGCAGCCGCUCUCGAGUCGCCAUCCAGCCCAGACUCGCCACUACCUUCAACUGCCAGGAGAAACGACGUCAACCGUUCACACUCUGAAAGCCCGUCACGCCCACAGGAAGUGACAUCAUCUCGCUUCAGCCGCACCGGCACCUGGAAACGGGAAAACAGCAGCGGGGGAGGCGGAGCCAGCAGCGGGAAACACUCAACCUCUCUGCCGCGCGUCGGCACCUGGAAAAGAACGGGAAGCUCAUCGUCCGUGCUGUCAGCAUCCUCCGAGUCCAGCGAGAAGGGACGGAGUGAGGAGGAGAGUGCCAUGAGAUUGAAGGGAACGUGGAGAAAGGCAAAGAGCAGCGGCGACCCACUCAGCAACCGAGGCUUCGCCGACAAGUCCGAAGACGUGUGGGUCCGGCUGGAGGACUGCCCUGUCAACAACCCCCGCUCCUCCUCCUCCUGCUCUGCCCGCUCGCCUACUGCCAUCAAUGCCCCACCCAUCAUCGACAGCCCCGCUCCCUCCAAGAUCCCGUCUUCCUCCUCCUCUUCCUCCUCUAACCUUAACCUGCGCCGCAGCUGCGAGAGCCUUGACGAAAAGCCAGCGCCGAUCGAGAGCCGGCCGCAACAGCCGCCGCACCAGCAGCAGCGCGCUCAGCAGCGCAGCGGUGCCGUUGCGGCCCGAGUCAGCCCCUUCAACUACACGCCAAGCCCAAGGAAGAGCAGUGCUGAAGGCACAGCACCCACUACCACCACAUCAUCUUCCACUACCCCUACGCGGCCCUCCCUUAUCCCCACCCCAAUCACGAAGAAACGCGAGCCAAAGGGAGGCGAGGGUGGUGGCAGCAGUGGGGGCGGUGGCAGCAGUGGGGGCGGUGGCGAACGCGGCUCAUACAUCGUGACAUCUGUGUAAAUAUGCAAGACCAACAGGAAAUGUUUAUGAGAUGAACUGUACAGAAAGUGAGUGUAUUUAAGUGCUGUGCCCACCCCCUCACCUGCUCCUCUCUCCUGAUUGGCUGCUGCCAGCUGUCCAUCAACUCAAAGAAACUCUAACAUGAACUUUUUAUGUUUUUAUACCACUAAAGAUGUGUAGCGCUUAGCUCUGCCCCCUGCCUUACCCUGCAUGGCCCCACCCCCCUAACAUGACAGUAACCAUGGACACUGAUGAUGAUGAUGUUGAUAAUUCAGCGCCUUUGAUAGUUUUUCAUGUUUUUUGAGUUUGGUUCUGAACAGAACAGUUGGAUCCAACCAAUUAGUGAGCCCCCUCUCAGCUUCUGACCAAUCACAUUCAGUGUCUUUGAGUCAGUCAGAGACCCGCCCUUCAGUUGGUCAUCUGUUCUGUCAGAACCUCUCUUCUUCUUUGGAAGUCUGCUGCUGACUCGAAUACCUGACCCACCUGAGACGGUUGACGAGGCUUGGCAGAAGACUUUCUGUGUGUCGCCAUGGAAACAGAUAACACUGUAAACCGUAAGUUAUUGCUGUAAACUGAACUGAAGCACAUAAUUUAAAUGAGCAGAUUUUUGGUUCUUGAUUUUAAAUCUGAACAUUAAACGAAUGCAACAUGAUA